CUGUCUGUCUGCACUCUCUCAUCAGGGCUCCAUGGCUCGCAAGGCUGACAGCCGUGCUCAUCUCCAAGGUUGUACGCUCACAGAGCCAGAGAGUGAGAGCGCGCUGGUCCUGUCUAUCUACUACGGUAAUAUCGGUAAGGGGAAAACGGAGAGGUUGCUGGAGAGGCAUGGUAGAGAGGGGAGCUUUCUCCUGCGGGACAGCGAGAGUCUGCAAGGAGUUUACUGCCUCUGCGUGAGAAGGACACCGUACGUCCACACUUACAGAAUCCACCACUCCUCUGAAGGAUGGACACUUCAAUUAUCCCCUGGGGAGAUGCUGCAGUGUUUUGGGACUCUGGAGAAGCUGAUAGAGAGCUGCAGAGCGGGGGUCGCUGCUGACAGCUUACCUCCGCUCACACACCCCCUGGACAAAACACAGCUGAGAGACGAGUGGCUGUGGAGCGAGACGGCCUAUAUGGAAAUUUGAAGCCAACCAACACAUAAUUAAAGUGGGAUUACGUGUACGUGUGUGUGUUUGUGUGUGUGUGUGUGUUUGUUUGUGCGCGCAUGUGCAUUUAAUUGAGCCUUUUGUAAACAACAAAAGCAUUGUCUCCUAAAGUGCACCUGUUUAUGUCUGUGGUUCCACAACUAGGCGUGUGGUUUCACAUGGAGGGAUGCUUUGAAGUGUGUGUGUGUGUGUGUGAGUUUGUAUGCGUACAUGUGGACCAGUUGUGCCAUAAGUGCACACAAGGACAUUAAAACUGCCAUCUACCAUGGUCUUUCUCUCUGUGUAUAAUGUACAUUAUAUGACUCAUAUGUUAAACAGAUAUGUUACUGUUGAAGAUGUUAUGAAUGAAAAGGCUGUCAUUGCAAAUAAGAAUGUGCUCUUCAUUGACUUAGGGAACACUGUCGAAAAAGUGUACAAAUCCAAAACAGAGGUUUAAAUCCAAAUAUAGGCAGGAUUUAUUGGGAGAUCAUUUCUUUAUUGACUUGCCUGGUUAAAUAAAGGUUAAAUAAAUAAAAAUAA